GUGCUUUUUAAAAUGUUAAUGGCGCAGUCACAUGACCACGGACCGGGCGCCGGCCGGUGCUCGAUUGCAUGGAACGAGUCGCAAGAGUGAAAAAGCGUAACCGACAUACGUAGCUUCACAAGACUGAAGAGUGAAGACACAAUCGCUGUGAGCGCCAAACUGAUAAUACGUCUGUGUUACUAUUCUUUGUGCCAUUCAUAAAAAUACGCAUAUAAUACCCCAAUAGAGGAUAGUGAUGACCUUACGAGUGUUGUGUACUAAUAGUGUUGUUUGUAUUUUGUAAAAUGUGACAGAAUUUGUUUUACAAGUGAUUAAAAAUAAAAUAAACUAGUGACCGUGUUUGUGGUUUUGUGUAUUUGUGACAUAAUUACGUUGUUGUUGUUGUGAAAAGAAUUUAUGAUGGAAACCCGUCAUUAUUGGGAGGAGAACGGGCACGUCGUCAAAUAUGACAAUUACAACUCGAACGAUGGUUUCGGCCGCGCGGGAGGCGAUCAGAUCAAUUUUGCGGUGCGGUCGGAGGACGAAGGCGAAUACCCUGGAGGCUACAUGAAGAAGGGGAAGGUCUCGAGGCAAGACCCGAUGUCCCAUCGAAUAAUCGAGAAGCGUCGUCGGGACAGAAUGAACAACUGUCUAGCCGACCUGUCCAGAUUGAUACCACCGGAGUAUUUGAAGAAGGGCCGGGGCAGAGUGGAAAAGACUGAAAUCAUUGAAAUGGCGAUACGCCACCUCAAGUUCCUACAAGAACGCGUUAAUGCGGCCGAACGGCAAGCGGUGGAAGACUUCAAGGCUGGAUACAGGGACGCACUGGGUGAAGCCGUGCGGUUUCUCGUUGAAGUGCAGGGCUUUGGGCCAGCUGAUGGACUGUGUGUGCAAUUGGCUGCGCAUUUGCAGAGGCAUUGCGAUGUUGUUACUAAGGGAGAAACGUUACCCAAAGAAAAGGUUCGAUCCCACCAGGGCUCGUCAUCAGAAACCACCAGCUCAUCCAGCAGUUCCCACAGUUACGCAGUAAAAGUGAUACAGCAGCCGGAACCACCACCAACAUUCCCGAGAGAACCAGUUGAGAUAGAGAGAACGGCAGAACCGAGUUACCCCAUGGAGUGUGAUAGAGUAAUCGUUGGUCCAGUAGCACUAGUGAGUACAGACGUUGCAGAACCAGAACCACUACCAUUGGACGGCCGGUUGAAGCGAGAACCCACGUUACGGAAGAUUCGUAAACCCGACCAUGGAGAGGACUAUCUACAUUCCUACAAGUUCAAGAACUCGAUAGAGAGGAGGUUUUCUCGAUCGCAAGAUACUGAGGCGGUAUCGCCGGCCCGCGCGCCGCACGCGCACGCGAAGGUGUUCACGCACAAGCGGCGCCGCGCCACCAAGCCCGCGCCCUCCACAUCCACCUCCGCGUCCGGAUCCACUGAGGAUGCGAGGGAUACUUCGCCACAGGACACGUCGAGUGAGUCUCCCCACCAUCAUCAGUACGAUAAGCCGCCGCCCCCGACGCAGUUUGUGCCUGUUUUCGCACUUAACGCGCACGGUAAAUACUACGUUCCGUUAAGCGUUGACUACGCUUGUCUAUCCCGCCAUCUUGGCCCGUAUGACAUUCUGGACGCACGCGCGGUACAUCUGUCAGCGCCAUUACAUCCUGUCACUAUACAUGUCAACUUUCAACCGUGUAUCAAUUAUCAUGUGAAACGAGAACCCAACGAAAGGGACUGGAGACCCUCGUAAAAUGUUUAAAUUAGUGUGUAAACGUUUUUGUGUCAUGUUGUUGUUAUUUAAGGGCUAAAGCCAAAAGCUGAUUUGUAUGUGAAAAUAAAAUGUUUGAUGAACAUUUUUGACGUGACAACGUCUUAUAAUUCGAUAGAGCGGCCUGCACGCACGAAAAAACAUGACUCA